GUAUCAUCGCCUUACACGUGUUAUAGCCAGUUUUGCCAAGGAGUUACUGAACUCAAACGAUUUAUUUUGACUGUUUACAUCAGACUGAAGUUGCUGGUCAAGUCGAUAGUCCCCUUGUAUAAGUUAUAUACUCAAAACUUACAGGGCCUGUUCAGAGUCAAUUAUAAAAAUGAGAUUCACCGUCUUAGUUUUUGUCACUUUCCUGUUUUCGGCAUGGGUUUGUAUGGCAGCAGAAGUACAGGCACCGCCCGAAGAAAAACCAGGUCUACCGCCGAGAAUAACAGAAAAAGAUGCAGAAAGAAUUAAAGAAAUUCACAAACAAAUUCCGGGCCUUCAUCCAGAUACCUUUAAAAUUAUACCAACGUCGUUUCGGACAAAAAGAACUCCCGAACAAAUCGAGUCUGACAAAAAAGCUAAAGAACGUUUUCUCGCGAAAGACGUCAGCAAAUUACAUGAGCAUGUAAAAUAUUACAUUGACAACCACAAGGAACUGUAUGGGAACAUGACGUUCGAAGAAGCGGAGUUGUUCACUAAGAAGAUUGAAGAUGAAAUGAAACUAGAGGAAACUAAACAUGACGAAAUGUAACUCCAAAAGGGUUAUUUAAAACAGUAAUUUUGAAAUCGUGCGGUUAAUAUUCGCCUCCGUGCUUGUCUUGUUGUAGGGAAUGGAUUAAAUAAACGUCGUAUAAAUAGUA